AAAAUUAGUACAACUUUAGACUUAUAUCGUAACCUAAUUACAAACGGUUGGCGGACAUAGAUAAACCGCAUAGAGAUAAAGCACUUGCAUCCAUUGAAAAUGCGCGUAGAACAGCAAAGAUAACAACCCAAACUCACACUCUCUGCUCUCAAAUUCUCCUAACAAUUAUGGCUAAACUAGUUCCCAGUUUAGUUCAUCCAUUGAAGUCAAGGUUUUUCGGUAAUCAUCACACUCUUUUAACCAAACACUCUUUUCAACUUUAUGGAGUUCAACCCAAGCUUUCUUAUUCUUCUUCUUCAUCCAAGAUAAGCAUGAGCCUCAAGGCUGGUAUUGUUGGUCUCCCCAAUGUUGGCAAGUCUACCCUCUUCAAUGCCGUUGUUGAAAAUGGAAAGGCUCAAGCUGCUAAUUUUCCUUUUUGUACAAUUGAGCCAAACGUAGGGAUUGUUGCCGUUCCAGAUUCUCGUCUCCAUGUGCUCUCCAACCUCAGUAAAUCUCAACGAGUUGUUCCAGCGUCUAUAGAGUUUGUAGAUAUUGCUGGGCUUGUCAAGGGUGCAAGUCAAGGCGAGGGGCUUGGUAAUAAGUUUUUAUCGCAUAUUCGUGAGGUGGACUCCAUACUUCAGGUUGUUAGAUGUUUUGAAGACAAUGACAUUAUUCAUGUGAAUGGGAAAGUUGAUCCCAAAUCUGAUAUAGAUGUUAUCAACUUGGAGCUUGUUUUCACAGACUUAGACCAGAUUGAGAAAAGACUAGAUAAACUAAAAAAAAGCAAGGCAAAGGAUUCACAAUCUAAAGUCAAGGAAGAGGCAGAAAAGGCUGCAUUGGAAAAAAUUAGCGUAGCACUCUUGGAUGGAAAACCUGCACGAUCUGUGACCUUAACAGACUUUGAAAAGGAUGCUAUAAAGAAUCUCUGCUUGCUCACCAUGAAGCCCAUUAUAUAUGUGGCAAAUGUUGCGGAGACUGAUCUAGCAGAUGCUACAAACAAUGAUUACGUUGUAGGUGUCAAGAAUGUUGCAUCUGAGUUGAAGUCAGGAAUUGUAACAAUUUCAGCACAGGUUGAGGCAGAGCUUUCUGAACUAGCAAUUGAGGAAAGGCAAGAAUAUUUGAAAUCCCUUGGCGUUAGUGAAAGUGGUCUUGGUAACCUAAUUAGAGCAACCUAUGAUCUCUUGGGGCUGCGGACUUAUUUUACUUCUGGUGAGAAGGAGACAAAAGCAUGGACAAUACUUGCAGGAAUGACUGCACCUCAAGCUGCUGGAGUUAUUCAUUCUGACUUUGAGAAGGGUUUCAUUCGAGCAGAGACAGUGGCUUAUAAUGAUUUUGUUGCUGCUGGUUCACUUGCUGCAGCACGAGAAAAAGGACUUUUGAGAUCUGAAGGCAAAGACUACAUUGUACAAGAAGGAGAUGUAAUGUUGUUUCGAUUCAAUGUAUAGCAGAAAUGACUGCUCCCAGCUGGGAAUCAGUGGAGAAAUUGAGAUAUAAUUUAUGACCAAGAUCAGGAAAUUUUCCAGCCAAUUGCUGGUUACAAUUUGCAAAAGCAUUGUCUCAUUUUGUGAUGGAAAUGUGACAGAAUGCACCAAGGCAGGAUUUUGAGAAAAUUUAUGACUACAGGUCAAUUUUUUCAGCCAAUUGCAGUUAUACUUUGGAGAGCCAAGAGAGGCAUUAUUUUGUUUUAGUCACAAUAUUUUUUUCUUCUCAUAGUGUAAUACAUUAUAUUUGCUUGACAAUUUGUGAUAUAAUAAUAAUAAUCAAAAUUCUCUCCCUCGUGCUCUUGUUAACUAAA